GCAAAGGCUUUAGUUACUGCUCUUUGUAUCCCAACUCAACUCACUCCCGAGUCCUGACUUGGACAAGGAAUCCAUUAACUCGCUCAUUGAUUCGCUAGGGUUUUGAAAGCCCAAGUCGAUUUCUCUUCUGUCACGUUCAAAUCAACGUACGGCCUCACUCUUCUCAUCUGGACCAGCCCUGCAACAAUGCCGUUUCCUCUUCAGGUUGAUAGACACCUGUGUUGUUGAGGAGCCAAAUCUCUCUGAGUUUCUGUUUAUAUUUGAGCAAUAAUUGAAAUUAAAAGGGAAAGGGCAAGAGCUCAGGAACAGUGUUUAUGAGUUUGCAGUAUACGGAGGUGGAGAUUCGACAUUUCCUCCAUCAGGAAAAUCCCCUUUUACUCCUUCAGAAGGAGGAAGGUUAUGAACAAUUUCCUUGCUGUGCAUGCAAUAAAUUAUUAUCUAGUCCUAGUUAUGGUUGUGACGAGUGCGGUUUUGGUCUCCAUAAAUCUUGUGCCGAAAUUCAACUGGAGCUUCAACAUUACUCUUACCCUUGUUCUCACACUCUCACAAAUCCAAAAUUUUGCUGUACUUGCCACUGUUGCCUUGGAAACAAAGUUAAGGCUUUUACUUCUGUGGUUACCAGUGUAACUUUGACUUGGAUUUCGAAUGUGCCUUAAUGCCCACCACUGAAUUAGAUGUUGGGCAGAUUCAACAUUUCACUCAUGGGCAUCCAUUACAACCUGUUGAUCCAAACAAGGAAGUUGAAGUUAGCUGUUCAUUUUGCAGAAAGCUUUGCUCUUAUGCUGCCUAUGGCUGCGAGAAGUGCAAUUUCUUCCUCCACCAGUCAUGCAUGGACAUACCUCGAAAGAUCCAUGGUCACUCUUUUCACCCUCAACACACUCUGGUCCUGCUCACAACUCCAUCAUACAAGUGUAAAGCUUGUGACAAAAACCGCACAGGCUUGCUGUACAAGUGUGGAAGGUGUGAUUUUGAAUUGAAUGUUGGAUGCACCUUCUUUCUUACCAUUGAUUGUGAAGCUGUUCAGUGGAUUCCACAUAUCUACCAUCAGCAUCCAUUACAGUAUUGCAAGACUAUUAGGUUUGUCACAGAUGCUAUUUUUUUCCUACAUCGCGCAUGUGCCAUUGAAUUGUUAUCACAAACAGUUGAACAUCAUCCAUUGCAUCCCAAACAUCGUCUGCUGAUCAAAUCCAAUCGUUACCAAGGGAUUAUGGUAUGCAAGGCAUGCGGGUCAUAUGGCUCUGAGGUCUUAGCUUGCUGCUGUGAGGAUUGUUCUAAUUUUCAAAUGCACUUGGACUGUUCUUCAUUGACACCUUCCAUUAGCUUUGGUGACCACUGGUACCUCUUUACUCUCUUUUAGAAAAGAGGUAAACUUGGUUCUUGCCUCAUUUGUGAAAAACCUUGCGGAGCCUUCUUCCUUUGAUGUGUCAUUUGUAAUAUAAAUCUCCAUCUUUCAG